AUGGAUGCCAACCAGAACAACGAUCCUACAAAGAAGACCUACCACAAGAAAGCUACUGGCAAAGCACUUGAGACGGUAGAGAAACAUUCACAGGAUCAUGAACUCAAACUCUUUGGAAGUUGCUUUUGUCCCUUCGUUCAGAGAGUAUGGAUUUCCCUUGAGAUGAAGGGGCUUGAUUAUCAAUACAUUGAGGUCGAUCCUUACAAAAAGCCACAACAAUUGCUCGAAGUCAACCCUCGGGGUCUAGUCCCAGCCCUUCGACAUGGCGACUGGGGUUGCUACGAGUCAACUGUCUUGAUGGAAUAUCUUGAAGACUUGCAGAAGGGUGAGGCACUGUUGCCCAGCGAUCCAAAGUUGAGAGCACAUUCUCGUUUAUGGUCUGAUCAUGUCAACCGUCAUAUUGUCCCCGGGUUCUAUCGCUACCUGCAAGCCCAAGAUGAAAAGUCCCAGAUCGAGCAUGGAGAAGAGCUCAAGGAGCAGAUAUCGAAGCUUGUUGAUGCUGCCGACAAGUCUGGUCCUUUCUUCUUGGGAGACAAAAUGACCUUUGUCGAUGUCCAGAUGGCCCCAUGGGUCAUUCGUCUUCGUAGAGUCCUCCAGCCGUACAGGGGCUGGCCUGAGCCCGAGUCUGGCACGAGAUGGGCAGCCUGGGUAAACGCCAUCGAACAAGCCAAUGCUGUGAGAGCUACAACGAGCACAGAUGUUUUGUACAGAGAGAGCUAUCAAAGGUACGCCGAAAACCGCCCAAACACAUCUCAGGUACAACAGGCCAUCAACUCUGGCCGGGGGCUUCCCUGA